AUGCCGCUGGGACCAGGCAGCAGCCCCGUCCAGGGCACGGGGACAGCAGCCCCCAUGACCACCCGCUGCCUGCCCUCUGCAUCCCGCUGCGGCUGCCCAGAGCUGCGCGGCACAGCCAAGCAGGUGGACCUAGACGAGGACCUGCCCCCGGGAUGUGCUGAGCCGGAUGACGAGGGGCAGCCAGGUGGGGAAGAUGUGCCUGUGGCGCCUUUGCCCCCGGAGGAGCCCUGCAAGCUGCAGCUGAGUGAGCCCAGCAGCAUCUUGCAGGCCAAGGAGAUCCAGGAGCUGGUGCCCCACCUGCCCCUCCGGCUGACCCAGCAGCCCUGGAGCCUACUGUACUGCACCACGAGGGACGGGUUCAGCCUGAAGACCAUGUACCGGCGCAUGAACCAUCUCAGCUCACCUGUGCUGCUGCUCAUCAGAGACACUGAGGCGCAGGCUUUCGGUGCCUUCUGCACCUCCACCAUUCGCAUGAGCAACUGCUUUUAUGGCACAGGGGAAACAUUUCUCUUCUCCUUCUCCCCGGAGCUCAAGGUGUUCACGUGGACGGGCAGGAACAGCUUCUUCAUGAAAGGAGACAUGGACCUGCUGAUGAUCGGUGGCGGCAGCGGGAAAUUUGGGCUGUGGCUGGACGGAGAUCUGUAUCACGGGGGGAGCCAUCCCUGCGAGACCUUCAACAACGAGCCCCUCUCUCCGCAGGAGGAAUUCUGCAUUCAGGCCUUGGAAGUUUGGGGCCUGGCCUGA